AUGCCAGGCCAAGUAUAUUACUCUUACGCGAAAGACAUCCUCAGGUGUAAACUUGGAGAGUGUAAUAUCCCCGUUGCGCAGGCCUUAACCCUGGCCGCACUAUAUACGAAUCAAAACGGAAUGCUUCAAGAUAGCUUGGCGCACCUUUGCAUCGCUCGCGACAUAUACAGAGACGUUGUCAGGAAGCUAACAGAACGAAGCAGUACCUCUAUCUCUGAAGAAACAAAAAGGAGUUUCUGGAUUUAUCAGGAUCUGGCAUGCGGUAUCAAUAAUUGCUGCAGUUUAAUCUCCUCUAAUCCUUUUCCCGAUCACUGGAACACAUUACUUCCAGAGGGAAGUGAGGGACAGUUUUCUGAAAGUGUUUACUGGACGAGAGUAUCCCUCCGAAUUCUACUUAAUGCUCUGCGUGAUUUCGCGCGUCCACAUUUCCCAACAACGAGGGAAAUAGAUGAAAAGGACCUGUGUGCGCUUGAGGAACUCGCAAACAGGCAGAUUGCGAUGCUGGAAGUAUGGAGAAAGAAUCUGACCUCACAAUUGACCUGGAAUGGUACAGAACCCCCAUCAACUGACCCUCUCUUAGCUUCGCUACGAGCAGAAUUCUCUGAGGGUAUGGCUGAGUUAUUGAGGCCAUACCUGGACAUUAUGCGAUAUGCACUGCACUCCACUGUCCACUCCACCGAAAAUGAGUUGUCGGAAGGCCAGCAAGGCAUUCUCAGAGUCCUUCUUUAUUGGGAGAAAUACGCUCUCUCAAGUUUUGUUUCCUUUGACCGUGUCGGUGCAGCUUCUGACAGCACAUACGAGAUAUACCAAAGCACAAGUGAUAGCUCAGUAAUGCUGAGCAAUCCUAUAAGCAAAAUGCACACGCAAGUUACUCCGCAAUUCAAAACAGUCUUAAUUUUUCGAGCUAUUCGUUCCUCUGCAAUUUAUCCAUUGAUUGCUAAGCGAACAGAACUUACAGAUGAGGUUAUGGAAACCCUUCGUCGCCGCACUAUCAAAAGAUUAUCCGAGUUUCAGCCCGGUCAUCGAACCUUAACUCAGGAUCUUCGGGCUUUGAAUAAGCUCUGGUUACUGGAAAACCAGGUCUCAUCAGUGGAGCUAAUUGGAGUGUGUAACCUGGCAUAA